UGACUCUCAAGACUGGCAGAUCACGGGACCUCCUCAUUUGGGGUCCAAUCUGCGUUGGCGAAUCACAAAGUGUUGUAAUCUAUUGGCUUUGUCUGACAAGUCAUCCAUCUUUCUAAAGGGGACUGGAGUGGCUGGAAUCUGCGCAGGGUUUUAGAGAGAGCCACGCAGAACCCGGGCUCCAGUCUGUACUUCAAAACCUGCAGCCAGCACCAGAAACUAACCAGAGACACGCUCUCUGGCUCCAUUUGGGCACUACCGCCCUACCUCUGAUCCUGCAGACCGGUCUGUUACCCUGGCGCAACUCAGGCACCCGUCAGUCGCAUCUGAGGAGUCAGGGCGCUAGCAAAGGAUUUGAGUGAAGGUGUACAGAAAUUUUCAGAGGGACGGUGAAAUUGCCAAAACGACGCAUCGCGCGUUCAUUUCCCGUCACUGCGUGAGCGCUUCUCUCUCUCUCUCUCUCUCCCUCGCUCUCUAAACAGUCUAUAAAUCCGAGACUUGGUUUCCGACUGAUUUACUCCAAAAGCAUUGCAGAAAACUGGACGGACAUGUGUCUCACCUGUGUUACUGCCGACCUGUCUCUCCCUCUCUCUCCGUGCACCGAGAACAGCGAGUGAGAACACCAGCCGCCAGUCACUUAACUUUCUUUGCCGGAGUAGUUUUAGUAUUUUCGGUUCGUCGCCACAGCUGAGAAACGAAGGGGAAAAAAAAGACAGAGAAAAGUUGUUUUUUUUUUCGUUUUGUUUACAGUCAAUGUUUUUUUUUCUGCAUUAACGUAAGCGUUUAAUUAAAAGACGAGACGGCGGAUUCAGUCCCUUUCAUUUCUGUAGCGUUGGCACUCAUGGAUAUACAUUGUAAAGCAGAUCCAUUCUCAGCUAUGCACAGUUGCAGUUCUACCUGGGAUGAGUUCAGUUGUGUGUGUUUUGCAGGGCAUGGGGGUGUGAAUCAGCUGGGAGGAGUAUUUGUGAACGGCAGGCCCCUUCCUGACGUGGUGAGACAGCGCAUCGUGGAACUUGCACACCAGGGAGUCAGACCCUGUGACAUCUCUCGGCAACUGCGGGUCAGCCACGGCUGUGUCAGCAAGAUACUGGGCAGAUACUAUGAGACGGGCAGCAUCAAGCCCGGGGUCAUCGGCGGCUCAAAGCCGAAAGUGGCGACGCCGAAAGUGGUCGAUAAAAUCGCGGAGUACAAGCGCCAGAACCCCACGAUGUUCGCGUGGGAGAUCCGGGACCGACUACUGGCCGAGGGGAUCUGUGACAAUGACACUGUGCCCAGUGUCAGCUCCAUCAACAGGAUCAUUCGGACCAAAGUGCAGCAGCCUUUUCAUCCCUCACCGGAUGGACCCGCCACAGCAGUCACUGCACCAGGCCACACAAUAGGUAAGAAAGGAAACAGACCUAAAAAGUAG